UUCGAUUCCCUCCUGUCUCGCUUUUGGUCGCCCCUUUGGCUCUUUAUCUUACAGUGAUACUCCAUCCUCUCCCAAUAUUUCAUAAGCUUGAUCCACUCGUUCGCAGUUCUUUUUCUUUUCCUGGGGUAUUUGCGCACCAAGGUGAACGCAAUCGUUUCGAUAGGUUGCGAAAAUGAUGAAUGAAUUCAACUAUCUCCUUUUAAAUUGUUGAGAAGUGAAGGGAAAAUGAAAAUCCAUUGUGUCUUUUUGUGCAUAAGAACCGUACGAUUCUCAGGUUAAAUUCUUUCCGUCUCCAUUUGUUCAGAUUUGUUUGCGCAUUUGAGGUUUCAAUCAUGAAUAUGCGAAGGGAUGGGGUUUUCCCAGAGGAAGUGGUUAUUCAGAUUCUUGCAAGGUUGCCCAUCAAGUCACUUUUUAGGAGCAAAACCGUGUGUAAGCUCUGGUAUAGGUUGCCCUCGGACAAGUAUUUCAUUCAACUCUAUAAUGAAAUAUCUAGUGAGAACUCCAUGAUCCUUUUGGACAUUUCAGACGCAUCAGAGUCAAAAUCUAGCUUGAUCUGUGUUGAUAAAGUAAGGGGCGGCUCUGAACUUUCGCUGGCAUUUUUGAAUGAUAGAGUUAAGGUUAGGGCAUCUUGUUGUGGCUUACUAUGUUGCUCCAGUAUUCCUGAUAAAGGUGUCUACUACGUUUGUAAUCCAAUGACUCGUGAGUUUAAGUUGCUUCCCAGGAGUAGGGAAAGGCCCGUGACUCGGUUUUAUCCGGAUGGUGAAGCAACACUGGUUGGUUUGGCAUGUGAUUUGACAUAUCAGAAGUUUAAAGUUGUCCUAGCAGGUUACCAUCGCACCUUUGGUCAUCGUUCAGAUGGAAGUUUCAUAUGUUUAGUGUUUGAUUCAGAGUUGAACAAGUGGAGAAAGUUCACUUCAUUCCAAGAUGAUCAUUUCUCCCAUAUGAAUAAGAACCAAGUUGUUUUUGUCAAUAAUGCUCUGCAUUGGCUGACUGUUAAUUCGGCUUACAUACUUGUGCUUGAUCUUAGUUGUGAUAAUUGGAAAAAGAUGCAAUUGCCAUAUGAUGUGAUUUAUGGAAUGGGACACAGAAUAUAUCUCCUGGAGCUCAAUGGUUGUCUGUCCAUUAUUCAGAUUUCAGAAUCUUGGAUGAACAUAUGGGUACUAAAUGAUUACUGGAAAGAAGAAUGGUCUAUGGUGGAUAAGGUGAGUCUGAGGUGUAUCAGAGGGAUGGUGCCAGGAAUCUUUCCGAUAAGUCAGACAACUGAAUAUAUUCUGCUGGCAACUCAUAAGCAGGUUUUGGUUUAUCAUCACAGGACCCGAAUUUGGAAAGAGAUGUACUCUGUGAAGUACAGCUCAACACUCCCAUUAUGGUUUUCCGCCCAUGCAUACCGCAGUGCAUUGUUCACAUGCAAUUGAGCUGCGCUUGAAUUUGGUGAUUUCUGUACAUAUUUCUAGCUGCAGUAUAUUGUAAUCAUUGGACGAUUGUUAUUUGUUACACGUUAAUGGUCUUGUAUAUUUCAGCACAUUAUAUCAAUUGUAGAGUUAUGAAAUCUGCCUUGCCUUGGAUAAACCGUUCAAUAGUGGCUACAUUAAUAUCUGAACAUUAGCUAAUUGGCCCUAAUAGUUUUCCUGCCAUGUAAUAGAAAGAAGACGAGGUGAAAUAUCCUCAAUCAUAUAAAUACUGCAAAGCUGGCUAUUGUUAUAAUUUA